AUGUCGUCAAAGUGGGCUUCUCUGGUUCUGGUUCUGGCCUGCAUUGUUCUCCACAUCAGUGCCCUAGUGCUUGCUGAUCAUGACGACGUGGCAAGGUACCGAGACUACGACGACGACUGCCGCUUUAGUCGCCGAGGCUGUGGUGGACGUUACGGCCGUGGACCGUGGGGACGACCUGGAAGAGGCGGCCGAGGUGGUGGCAUUGGAGGGGGAGGUGGGCUUGGUGGCGGUAGAGGCGGCGGCGGGGGCCUAGGUGGCGGUGCCGGGGGAGGGGGAGGGCUCGGCGGUGGUGGAGGCUUGGGAGGUGGCGGUGGUGCCGGGGGAGGUCUUGGUGGUGGUUCGGGAGGAGGUUUGGGCGGCGGAGCUGGUGGUGGUGCCGGAGGAGGUUUGGGUGGCGGUGGAGGACUUGGUGGCGGCGGAGGCGGUGGAGUUGGGGGUGGAUCUGGGCAAGGUGGAGGUUUCGGGGCUGGAGGAGGAGUGGGCGGUGGAGCUGGUGGAGGUGGUGUUGGCGGUGGCGGUGGAUUCGGUGGUGGGGGAGGCGGCGGUGUCGGUGGAGGAUCCGGACACGGCGGAGGAUUUGGUGCGGGAGGUGGAGUAGGUGGUGGAGCGGCUGGAGGAGGAGUUGGUGCUGGUGGUGGUGGAGGAGGCGGAGGUGGUGGUGGCGGUCUUGGUGGUGGUUCGGGACAUGGCGGAGGUUUUGGAGCCGGUGGUGGUGUUGGGGGUGGCGUGGGAGGUGGUGCCGCAGGCGGUGGCGGCGGAGGAGGAGGAGGCGGUGGUGGAGGAGGUGGAGGUUUGGGAGGGGGAUCUGGCCACGGAGGAGGGUUUGGCGCCGGCGGUGGUGUAGGAGGUGGAGCUGCAGGUGGUGGCGGCGUUGGAGGCGGAGGAGGUGCUGGGGGAGGCGGUGGUGGCGGCCUUGGUGGUGGGUCCGGGCAAGGUGGAGGGUUUGGUGCCGGUGGAGGUGUAGGAGGAGGUGCUGGAGCCGGAGGAGGGUUAGGCGGCGGAGGCGGCAGAGGUGCAGGUGGUGGUCUCGGUGGGGGACGUGGCGGCGGGGCCAGUGGUGGAUUUGGCAUUGGGAUUGGUGUUGGGGUUGGAGUUGGCGUCGGCAGUGGUGCCGGAGCUGGGAAGGGAGUUGGGGUUGGGAGUGGCUCCGGCGGAGACGGCGGCGGCAGAUGA